GUCGGACCUCCCAGUGUUUGGAUGCUGGGUUACGGGGUUGCCAUAGAAACCAGCUCUGCCAUCACAGUACCCACUAAUCACCGGCGGCUUUAACAUUCCACGGCGAAGAGCUAAGACCGGGAGGAAAGGCAAAAGGUUGCAAAGCGCUCCCCACGUUCUCCAAAUCAGGGUUAGCGAAUGUUUUCUGUGUGGCGAGGCUGAAAUAAGACGCUGUUAUUCCCUUAACAUGGGCGGUGAGGUCUGGGGUGGGUUAUGUGCGUUCUGGCCUGUCACUACCCCUUGGAAAUCCAGAUCCGACCUUCACUAAUCCAAUCAGCUUAAACGGGUGGAGAUUUACCUCGUGGCGGCUCUAAGGCACCCAGUUGCUGAGCGUUGCAGUCAGCGCCAAGGAAGGACUCGAACACGCACGCACACACACAACAUCGGAUCGGCACAAAACUUUCAGGGAAAGCCCUUGGUGUCUCUGACAAUCGAUCGGCCCACAAUGUCAGGCUUUCUGGAGCUGCGGGAGAUUGACUGCUCGCUUGCCGGGACGGAGCAUGAGAUCGAGACAGCUCACGGCAUGCUGCACGUCACCAUGCGGGGGGCCCCGAAGGGCAACAGGCCCGUCAUCGUGACCUUUCACGACAUCGGCCUGAACCACAAGUCGUGCUUCAACACGUUGUUCAACUUCGAGGACAUGCAGGAGAUCACGCACCAUUUUGCCGUGUGCCACGUGGAUGCCCCCGGUCACCAAGAGGGCGCUCCACCCUUCCCAUCGGGGUACCUGUAUCCAACCAUGGAUCAGAUGGCUGAGAUGCUGAUGUCAGUCCUGACCUAUCUGAAUAUCCAGAACGUGAUUGGGAUCGGAGUGGGAGCGGGCGCCUAUAUCCUAAGCAGAUUUGCUUUGAACAACCCAGGGCUCGUUGAGGGUCUGGUCCUCAUCAACAUUGACCCGUGUGCUAAAGGCUGGAUUGACUGGGCAGCAUCGAAACUGUCUGGGUGGACAACCAACCUGGAGGAUAUUGUCCUGGGCCAUCACUUCAGCAGUGACGAGCUGGAAAACAACAUGGAGCUGAUCCAAACUUACCGACUCCACAUCUCUCAGGACAUCAACCAAGACAAUCUUCAUCUGUUUGUCAACUCGUACAACAGUCGUAGAGACCUGGAGAUUGAACGGCCUGUCCUCGGAGUCAACGAAGCUGUUGUUCAAACUCUCCAGUGUCCUGCUUUGCUGGUUGUCGGGGACACCUCUCCGGCGGUGGAUGCUGUGGUGGAAUGCAAUUCCAGAUUAAACCCCACCAAAACAACACUACUGAAGAUGGCGGAUUGCGGAGGUCUACCACAGGUUGUUCAGCCCGGCAAGCUGACAGAAGCCUUCAAGUACUUUGUGCAGGGCAUGGGCUACAUGUUUCACGCCCAUUUCCCCUAUGUGCAGCUCAGCCACCUGCACAAUGAAACAGUGCCGACCGUCACCAUGACCCGGCUAAAUCGCUCCCGCACCACCUCCACCUCCAGCGUGGGCUCAGGAGAGGGGGCUCGGAGUCAGCAGCACGCGGUCCACCCGCCCAUCGGGGACACAGCCCCGCAAACCAUGGAGGUCUCCUGUUAGAAGCCAGAUAGACGGCCGGCCGGCCAGCCGGUGGGGCCCACCACCGCGCCAAGGCAGGGUUACGUGCCGCGAUUUGUUUCGGCGUUUGUUUUACUUUUUUCGUUAUUUGGAGAGAAUUCUGAAAAAAAUGUGAACCAGGGCCCAGGAAAUGCAGUCUCCUGGUUUAAUGUCUCACUCCCGCAUGCCUCCACCUGUUACAACCCCCCACCCACUUCCGCCACCCCCACCCCAUCCCUGGCUAGGCCUCUGUAAAGCUAGUUGAUGCUUUUUAUUUUGUUGAUUUGUGUGUGUGUCUGUGUGUGUGCGUGUGUGUAUGCACAAGUGUUUUUACUUCUACAGAAUGGUGGACUUGGAAGUCACUCACUCACUGUUCCGCCUGCCCUCCCAGCCCCCCCCCCCCCAGAA